AUGUCUCUUCAGGUCGACGACCGCAGCCGUCGCACUCGAUCCAAGUCUCCGGGCCGUCGCGAGCGCAGUCGCAGUCCCGCCGUCCACCCUGUCGAACCCUCGCGCGAGCCUAGCUACGCCUACCCCGAGGAUGACUUCGACGACAGGUAUGUCCGCGACAGAGGCGCCGCUGCCGCCCGCGUUGUGACCGCCGAGCCCGGCGCCCCUGCUCCUCCCGGCACCAUGUCGGGUGCGAUACCCUAUCCUGAGGACGGCAGCGACGCAAUGUUUCCCGGCACCCGCUCGCUCUACGACUACGACGACCACCGCGGGACCGCUUCGUACCGCCCUCCUGCCUCCCCGCGAGAAAGCUCAUACCGCAGCUCUCGUGACAGAUUCGACGAACCCCAGGUCCGCCAGGCAUCUCCGCGCGAAGACGACAAGCUCAAGUACCUCCCGGCCAAGUACAGUAGCCACACCCGCACUCGCAGUCGUAGCAAUAGCAGACCCUACGGCAACGAGGCAGAAUACCCGCCUGCUCAACCUCCUCGCCCCAUGUCCGGCGAGCUCUACCCUCCGCCGAAACCCCCGCGCCCCGUGUCUCCCGGCGGCUAUGCUUACGCCCAGCCCCAGCCCUACGAGUAUGCCAGCACAGACCCAAAGGUCGAGAAGGCCAAAAAGAAGGAAGAGAAGAAGAAGGCCUUAGAGGAGAACCUGACGUACGGGUAUGACCAGUAUGCCGCAAAGCCUACUACCUUGGCCCCCGAGCCUCGCUACUCCGGCCGUGCCCCGAGUCCAGGCCCCCAAAUCUCGGCUGGCGCUGCGGCGUACUACGGAAGCAGUCCCAAGACCUCCUCGUCCAACGUCUUGACAGUUGAGCCAGGCAGCCGCAGGCGGGAUAAGUCGCCUCAGCCGCCCACCCACCGCAUGUCAAACCUGUCCGUGAACACGGGCCACCACUCCCUGAACAUGAACCUCUCGCUGGCCAACGCGCCAGGCUCGCCGCUGCUGGAGUCGUACCACGGCACGUAUCAGGACAUGUCGCCUAUGCCGUCACCCAUGCUGCUCGCCUCUCAGCCCCAUGACCUGCAAGUGAUGGAGCCCGUCUCUCCAAUCGGCUCCGACGACGAGGGUAGACGGCGUCGGAGGGCGCGGUUCCACGACAUGGAGGACGACGCAGCCAGGAUCGCAAAGGCGUUGAGGAGCGACCGCAAAAACCCCGACCCCGAACCCCUGAUCGAGAUUCUGCCCGGCCUGACCCACGACCAGGUGAUGGAGCUGCGCAAGGAGUACAAGGCCCUCGUCAAGACCGGUCCGGAGCGCAAGGGCGUCAACGUGGCCAAGCACAUCCGCUCCCGCCUCAAGGACGCCGACCCCAACCUCAUGAAGGCCUGCUACGCGACGGCGCUGGGUCAGUGGGAGAGCGAGGCCUACUGGGCCAACUUCUGGUACCAGGGCGACAAGACGCGGCGCGAGCUGCUCAUCGAGUCCCUCAUGGGCCGCACCAACCAGGAGAUGAGAAUGAUCAAGGACGGCUUCAACGACAAGAAGUACGACAACAGCCUGACCAAGUGCAUGAAGAUGGAGCUCAAGGAGGACAAGUUCAAAAAGGCCGUCCUGAUGGUCCUGGAAGAGCGCAGGAUGGAGGAGUACGACCCCUACGGCCGCCGCCUCGCCAUCGACUACCACCAGGUCGAGGACGACGUGGCGGACCUGCGCAAGGCAGUCAAGGCGGAGAAGGGCGGUGAGACCCUCAUGAUCAGCAUCGUCGUACAACGCAGCGACUCGCACCUGCGCGAGGUACUCAAGUUGUACGAGAGGACGUACCGCUCAAACUUUGCGCGCGACGCGCUCAAGAAGAGCGGCAACCUGGUGGGCGAACUGCUGGCUCAUAUCCUCAACGGCGUCAUCAACAAGCCCGUCCGGGACGCUUUGCUGGUCCACCACGCCCUGACGGCGAGCCGCAAAGACGACCUGCGCCGCGAGCUGCUCAUCUCCCGACUCGUCCGCUUCCACUGGGACCGCCACCACAUGGAGGCCGUCAAGCGGGCCUACCGCGAGCGCUACGGACGCGACAUGCAGGACUCCGUCAGGGAGGCCACGAGCGGCGAGUGGGGGCUGUUCUGUAGGGAACUGUGCAUCUACCGCAUGCCCAACGAUGUGAAGAGCUAUGAGAGACGAUGA